AUGGCCUUCGACCUGGAGGAGUAUUUGCAGACGGUUUUCCGGGACAAGCUCCGUCUGCUCCACGAUGAGCUCCACGCAACCUGCGGCAGGACGGUGCCGACGCGGGAUGGUGCCACGCUGCUGCCUUCCACGCGCUUGCUGCUGAAACGGCGGGAGGUGGCGGAGGUGGAGCGGGAGCUGCAGAGCCAGCGGGAGGAAUUUCGGCAGAGGAUGGAGUGCCUGGCGCAGCGCCGGCAGCAGCUGAGCCGGAGGGAAGAGGAGCUCCGGGAUGUUGUCCUCAAAUUCGACGCCUUCAUCAAGGGUGCCGAGGUCGCCCGCCUGCGCCGGGAGCUUGAGGGGCUGCUGCGGCGCAGGGAGCGCCUGGCCCGAUGCCUGCGGAGCCUCCGCGGCUUCGGUGACUACCUGCGGAGCGUGCUGGCCGGGAUGGGACAGUUUCAGGACAUCCCGGCCAUGCUGGCCCAUUUUGGGGCGCUGGCGGGGGCACGGGCAGCCCUGGCGCAACAGGCAGAAGCCAGGCAGGAGCAGCUGGCCCAGGGCUGGGCACGGCUCCGGCGUUACCGCGAGGAGGCCGGCAGCAAGCUCUUGUGCACCAAGGACGACCUGACCCGGCUCCGUGCACGCCUGGAGGCCACCCGCCAUGAUGUGCUUCAAGGGGAGUCCCACUGGGCCCACGUCCAGAGCACAGCCACCCAGAAGACCCUGCUGCUGGGGCAGAUCAAGCUGGCAGUGCUGAACCUCUUCCAGCUCGCCACCGCACGGCUCGAGGUCCCCACGGACGUGGCCCUGGAGGACACCGAGGCCCAGCUGGACACGGUCAGUGCAGCCCUUUCCCCUGAGCAGAGGGGCUGGGAGGGACACGGGGACAUUCAUUCACGUCCCCAGACGGCCGUGGCACGGAGGUCCCUGUCUCCGCAGGUGCUGCUCUGCAUGCAGGACCUGGCUGCCAUCUCUGCUGAGCUGCGCCCCAGGCAGCCGGGGACGUGUCCCCCACGCUUGCCCGUUGCCACCAGCAUAAACCGUCUGCGCCAUGGGGGUGCCAAGGUGCCUCCGAGCCAGGAAUAG